CCAAGGAAGCAGCCAUUCACCAGCUUUUCAAUUUUAAUAAUGAGAAAAUAUGCUAGAUAGUCACCAAGUAUGGAGUUUAGAUUGCUAUCAUCAAGCUACAUACAACCUAAAAAAAUGCCUCUUUGUCACCUCCAUUGUAUUGAGCUGUUGUAGACUCCCGAUCAUUUUCUAAAUUCAUACAAACCGCCUGCAGCUAGACAUGGACGUUUAGAAGACAUUGGUUGUCUGAGUCAGGAAGUAUCAACACGUUAAGAUGCACACCCUUUGGAAGGAAAGAAGAUCAGCUGGGAGGUAAAAAGUCACCCAUUCAAUGGAGUUCCAUUUCAGGUUGUGGGCACAAGCACAUAUGAAUGCCAUCAGGGGAAAGACCGACAAGUAAAAGCUAAAGAGAAACAUGCUGCUAAAAUGAACAAGAAGGCGCUUGAAGACCAUGCCUUAAAGAGACGGAAACAAAAUACAAAGAAGGUGGACUGCAAGGCUUUAAUAAACAUCGCCCACAUUAUCCGCUUUCCUGGUUUUAAGAUUGAGGAGAGUACUGUGCGCUCUAAAAAGGAGGCCUCCAAAGAUCUGAAGGCAGCUCUAAGUGAAAAACCAAGCUCUGUGAAGGCAGAGGUUGUCUACUGUGUCAGGUUCCCCUCUCUCUCUGAGCAUAGCUCACACGCACUUGUUGGUGAGAGGUCCUCUAAGAAGAACUUGAAGAUGUUGCAGAAGCAAUGUGCAGGCUAUCUAAAAGAAAUCACAGACCUCACCUACCAUCUUCAAGAUGAACAGUACAUGACUGGCCUGUCUUCACAUCUGCAAAGCCUAUUGCAGGAAAUGAAAGGACUUGUCCCACAGGAUAAAGAUCUCACACUGACCCUUUCCCCAAGGAAGAGAAAGGCUGAGGAGGACAUGGCCACCCUACCAACCCAGGGAGCAUCGCAACCUUUCACCGACAGUGUAGGACAGCAUGCAGAUUUACAGAACACAUGCGAAGAACCAUGUUUGCCAAACUGAGUGUGGAGUGAGAUUGCUUAUAGGCUGGGAGCCUAGGGCGCCGGAGGAUGGCAGUGUGUGUGUGUGUAUGUAUAUAUAUGUGUUGAGUCUGUUUUUUUUGUUUUUUUCCCCAGAAUAUUUUAUUUUUGAGAGCUGGGUUUUGUGGUAACCCAAGCCUGCCAGCAUACUUGUUGUACAAUUAAUAUUAAAAUGGUAAUAAAAUAAAAAUACAAUUGGGUGAUAAUCCUGUAUGCAGUGGUGGAAAAAUAACCCAAUUGUCAUACUUGAGUAAAAGUAAAGAUGCCUUAAUAGAAAAUGAAAGUCACCCAAUAAAAAACUUCUCAGUAAAAGUCUAAAAAUAUUUGGUUUUAAAUAUACCUAAGUAUCAAAAGUAAACAACUGCUAAAAUAUAUUUAAGUAUCGAAAGUAAAAGUAUAAAUCAUUUAAAAUUCCUUAUAUUAAGCAAACCAGAUGGCACCAUUUUCUUGUUAUUUUUAUUUAUUUAUGGAUAGACAUAAAUUUACAAAGGAAGCAUUUGUGUUUAGUGAGUCUGCUAGAUCAGUAAGGAUGACCAGGGAUUAGUUAUGUGUGAAUUGGAAAAAUGUUCUGUCUUGCUAAGCAUUCAAAAUGUAAUACUUUUGGGUGUAACGGAAAGCAUAGAUUAUUUGAUGAUGUUGAAAUGGUGCUUGAAUAGUGGAGGCAGCUCCUGUUUUCUUUGUGACUUGCGAUAACACUCUGUGGUUCUAAAUCAAUAGUUGCUUACUAGUCCGAAAAUGUCAGAAACAUUAACCUGCUUGACCAUGCUGUAGGUAAUUUAAUACCACAUGCUUUGUGGACUUCACCAGACUGCUGUUGCUCUCCGGUUUUGUGAUGAAACAAAGGUGUGGUUGAACUUGUACUGUCCCAGCCCUGGCUAUACUUCAGCCCAUAAUGGCCUCUCUCAGACCUUCUCCAGGUAACGCCCAACUGUCAUCUACAUCUCAUACAUGAUCAUACUCUGAAGAUGCUGAUGCUGUAAAAUAAGGUUUCUCUAAGCUGCUGGUAUGGAUGUUUGGUUAUUACCUGUGUAUGUGUGGAUGGAUGCUGUGUUUAAUGGGGUGCUGUUUUCUGUAAAUCCUCUCCAUGGCUGUUAUAUAAGGUGUGCUUCUAUUAUUAACCUGUACUCUUACCACUGAUUAGCUGUUCUCUCGAUGCAGGAGGUGGGUAUUUCACUGGAUGCAAUGGGGAGAUUAUGGCUGGUUAGUCCAUCUUUGGAACUUAUGUUAUUUUAUUACAUUUUUCUUUCUAUUUGAUAGUCGAGCUAAAUAACUUAAAGUGCAUACAUUAUCCUAAUUUUGUCGUAUUUCAUGUCACUGUUACUGCGCAAUUAGCUGAUUAUGACUACUUCCCAUCAUUGAAUAAUUGUUGUUUAGAGCCAGGAGUUUUUCCUGACUUUAACAGGAAAAUCUAUAAAAAAAUCUAUAACUUGGGCCCAUAGUUGUUCCUGACUGUCUGGCCAUGAAAAUGAUUAGCCCUUCUCAUUGGUUUCCACUAGUUUCUAUCGUCCCAAGGUCCUGUUCCACAGUCACAACGUCAGGUUCCACUGUCACAAAGUCAAAAUUAGCUACAAAAUUAAUUUUUGGUUUAAAGUUAGUGUUAGGCAUAAGGUUAGGUUGAAAAUCUAAUUUGAAGAAGAUAAAUUGUGGAAAUGGGCAUGGUUUGUGACUGUGUCUAUAAAAGCUACUGACAACCCUUUUCUUGUGAUACUCUUCCUGUUGUGAUGCAGUCGGCCAUGUUUUUGGGGAUUGGUCAGCAGUCUGCCUCAACCCUGGUGGCUGGGGGUGCUGACUGGGUUUCUCCUUGAGAGUGUUCCUUGGGCUCCAUAACAAAGCCUACAUUAAAACACGUAACUUGUUUCAUGAUUUAUAGGUCUGUUGCUUGAAUAUAUCAAUUAUUUUCAGACAAUGCACUUUUCCCAUUAAUUUUAACAUGUAUAGCAGGUUGUGUGUGAAUUGGAAAGAUGUUCUGUCUUGCUAAGCAUUCAAAAUGUAAUACUUUUGGGUGUAACAGAAAAAGUAUAGAGUAAAAAGUAAAUGAUUUUCUUUAGGAAUGUAGUGAAGUAAAAGUUGUCAAAUAUAAGUCAUAUAGUACAGAUACCCCAAAAAACUACUUAAGUAGUACUUUAAAGUAUUUUUACUUAAGUGCUUUACACCACUGCUUGUAUGUGGUGCAUUUCCACAUCCAGUACCCAGGUCAGGUCUUCUGUCUGAUUCCCUCCUUGGUGGAGUACUGUGGCUACCAAUAUCCCUGUGAUCCUUCCAUGUCCGUGUUGCCGAGGGUUAAGAGUAUAAAUCGUAGAUUCAUAAUAUUACAUUGUAUUACACUCAUUCUAAACUUGUUCUAUGGAUUUCUUGGCCAAAAUCUGUUAACUGUUUUUUUUUAAUACAUUUUGAGAUCUGGCUGUGGAACCCCUGCAAUAGCUCCGCGGAACCCAUUUGUAGAACCUCUGAUUUAUACGUUCAUUGUGUGGUCUUGUCGGUUUCCACUCCAAUAUAAGAGAGAUUUCAAAAAUGGAGAAUGCAGUGAUAAGGCUAUAUUUUAGGAUAUGUGGUUUUGGUCUGUGAUAUAGUCUUGAGUGGCUUUGAUAUGAAAGUGAAACACUUAUUCUUUCACAUGUUAUCUUGUUUAGCUGAUUAGGCCAUGUAUCUGAUUCACCUGGGAAUACACUGCCCUCCCCAGAACCUGUUUUAUUUCUCUUGUCAUUCUAUAAUUGCAUACAGUUGCAUAACUGUUUGUCUGGAUUUUGGUGGGGGAAACAAGGUCUAACACAUUCUAAAAGUUAUCUGAUUACUUUACAUAAUGUGCUGCAUUUCAAAUAGUUUGCUUUUUUACACCCGUUAGUGGAUUUGGUAUUCCACACACCUUUCUUUGUACAUAAAAUAAAAAUGCAACUUCGA